AUGAAGGUCCCAUCAAACAACGACCAGGAAGAUAAUGAGGGAAAUGAUGUUCCUGCAGCUAAUGUGAAUCGCGAUCCGAUUGGGGCAGCUAGGGAUUUAUGGCCUCUAGCGCAAAAUGCUGGCUACGAGAGUGGCUUUGAUUCGGAAGAAAGCGAUGACUCCGAGUACACCUUGGGGAGUAGCGAAGAUGAUGAGCAACAAGGA